AUGCCUGAAAAUCCAUCUAUAAGAUAUGCAUUUGAAAGUGUUGAAUGUAAUGGUUCAUGUUAUCAUGGAUAUGAAUUGGAUCCCCUUGAACGUUUAGGAUGUACUACAGAUAAACUUAAAAAUAUUACCAGUUAUAUUAAUUUUACAACACCAGCAUGUUAUAAAAAUUCUGCAGUACAUUUUACUUUAUGCAUAUGUGAUUGGGAUAAUUGUAAUAUAUUAGAAGGACAAAGUUUAUUUGAAUCUAUUCUUAAAGCCAGAAAUUCAAUAAGUCAAAAUAAGGCAAAUAUUUUAAUGUCAAUAAUUUUUAUAAUUUUUUUAGUAACAUUAUAA